GACUGGUAGGAUAAAAUGAGAGAGGUGCUGGAUGAAAGGUCUCCCUUCCCUGCCUUCUCUGGCUUAGCCUGCUCCAGCCAUGCUGGGUGGAGUGCAGAAGAAAGAGACGGUUCCUCUGAGAGAUGGACCACUACCGUCCUUUGGGUGGUGGCGCCGGCACUUUGCUGCAGUCCUUCCCCUGCUCCGCCGCCAGGAGGCGCUCUUGCGCGGCCUCCAGACCCACGGCCCCAGCGCCGGCGACGCUCUAGUCGAAUCGCCGUUUCUCUAAGGCAGGCGGGCCGGCUUGCGGCUGCAAAGAAAGCCUUGCCUCGCAGCGCGCAGCCCGUCGGCGCCGGUCAUGUCGCGGCUCCCGAAGCUGGCGGUCUUCGAUCUGGUGACGGGGCCGUCCGGGAUAGGCGGGGCCAGGCAGUCCGACUGUAUCCGGAGGUGCGCGACGUCUUGGAACGGUUGCAGGGCCUGGAGGUCCCCGUCGCGGCAGCUUCACGAACAGGGGAGAUUGACGGGGCCAACCAGCUACUGGAGCUCUUUGACCUUGACAGAUAUUUUGUUCAUCGGGAAAUCUACCCAGGCAGCAAGGUCACCCACUUUGAGAGGUUGCGGCAGAAGACCGGAGUUGUUUUCUCCCAGAUGAUCUUCUUUGAUGAUGAGAAGCGGAAUAUCCUAGAUGUCAGCAAACUGGGUACAGAGUGGAGUUACCUGCAUCCAUGUCCAGAAUGGAAUGAAUCUCCAAACCUUAACUCAAGGACUGGAGACAUUUGCAAAGGCCCACUCUAGGCCCUGAGGUCCAGUACUGUGGAUGAGCCUCAUUUGAAGCAUAAAACUGAAAGGAAACCAUGAAGGCGUUUUCAGGUGUAUUUAUAAAUUAUUAAAAUGUGUUUGUGUGUGAUA